AAUGGCAGAGUGGGACGUCACUUUCUCCACUCCGCUCUCAUCUGACGGUGACGUUGUCCGCUCCAACCGGUCGCAGAGUGCUGUGCUGGUAGCUGCUAGCUAACCUGCCGAGCUACCUCCUCCUCCGCCUCUGAAGCCCGCUGAACGGAGCCGUGAAUGAACCCCGCAUCUCAAUGCAUCUCCUGUGGCCGCGAUGGCAGCGACACAAACGGAGGAUGCUGAAGCUCUUCGGUGCUCUGGUUAUCCUCGGACUGGCCCUGGCGUGCAUCACCUCCUGGGUGCUGGACAGCUAUGACACGGCUUGGCAUCCCAAACGGAGCGUCCAGCACCCGGCAGGCGGAGAUGGAGGUGGACCCAGGGGAAGUUCUCCACCAUAUCCCGGCGGCGAGUUGAACAAUAUAUUCUGGUUUAUACAGGUUUCUGACAUUCACAUCAGCCGAUUUCAUGAUCCCAGGCGUAUUCCAGAUUUUGAAAAGUUCUGCAGUGACACAGUUGAAGUGAUCAAACCAGCUCUUGUGCUCGCAACAGGAGAUCUGACAGAUGCUAAAACAGAGAGUAAGGUGGGUUCCCUGCAGCACGAGGUGGAAUGGCAGGCCUACCACAACGUCCUGAAAAGGUCGCGGGUGAUGGAGCGCACAAGGUGGAUUGACAUUCGUGGAAAUCAUGAUGCCUUCAAUAUAAUGUCACUGGACAGCGUCAACAAUUAUUACCGGAAAUACUCUGCUAAUCAGAAAGUAGGCUCUUUCCACUAUGUGCACAAAACUCCCUUUGGCAAUUACUCCUUCGUCUGUGCAGAUGCAACGCUAACACCAGGACCCAAGAGGCCGUACAACUUCUUUGGAAUUCUCAACCAGACUCAGAUGGACCUGCUGGACACGUUCAGAGCUGAGAGUCUGAAAAGUAACCAGUCCAUCUGGUUCGGCCACUACACCACCUCCACUGUGGUCUCACCUUCUCCAGGAGUUCGGGAGAUGAUGAGAUCUGCUGUUGCAUAUCUGUGCGGCCACCUGCACACACUGGGGGGUCUAAUGCCCGUCCUUCACAGCCGUCACCCACAGGGCACCCUGGAGCUGGAGUUGGGCGACUGGAUGGACAACCGCAGGUACAGAGUUCUGGCGUUUGACCAUGACUUGCUGAGUUUCUCUGACCUAUCAUUCGAGCAGUGGCCUGCCGUGCUCAUCACAAACCCCAAGGAUGCCCAAUACCUGCAUCCAGGAGUGGAGCCGCUGGAUCGGAUCCAGAGAUCAACACACAUCAGGAUCUUGGCCUUCUCAGAGUCUCCCAUUACAGCGGUGCAUGUGAGCAUCGAUGGAGACCCUGUUGGACGGGGACACUCUGCUGGGGGCCCCCUAUUUGUGCUUCUGUGGGAUCCGUCUCUCUACCUCACGGGGCUGCACACCAUCAGAGUUAAAGUGGAGGACUCGGCAGGCCGGUCAACAGUGCGUGAGCAGCACUUUACUCUGGAGAACAACUUGACUCCCAGCUUUGGCUUUGUGCAGUCCUUCAUCCUCCUCACAGACCACUACAUUCUGGGCCGAGUGGCCUUUAUCUGUACAAUGCUGCUGAAUGUCGGUGUGCUGAUGGCCUUUAGGUUUCUCCAUAUUUCCUCUGGGAGAGGGCUGCUCUCUCAGGCGUGUAUGUCUCUCCAUUUGGUCAGCAAAAUAAACACCUUUUACUACUCUCUGCUGCUGUUCAACCUGUGUACAGCUUUAGGCCCCUGGUUUAUAGGAGAGAUGAUUGAUGGCCACAGUGGCGCCUGCUUCGCCUUUGGGGUGAUCAUUGAUGGACACUUCCUAGAAGGCAGCCUCACCUAUGUGGUUGGAGUCGUGCAACUGCUCUUCUUCAACAUGCCCCUCACCUGUUACCUCUGCUGGAGCCUGCACCACCGUUGCCGCGGCAACACCUUCCGAUCCCACUUCCUGCGGCCGGGCUGCCGCUGGCGAACUCUGGGCGUUCACAUGUUCAUGCUGCUGCUGCUUACCUGGCAGGCCCACUCCUGUUAUUUUCUGCUGGAGACCUACGGCCCCAUGGCCUUCCUCUUGUCUCCGGUUCGCACAUGGGCGCUGGGCUUCAGCCUGCUAUUGGUCUACCGCGCCUGGACGGGCCCCGCCCCUCUCGUCCGUGACAACAGCAAGACCAACACUCCCUCUUGACAGUAAUUGCACUGUAACACCACAAUCUCCCCGAGCCUGACUCACAGAUAUAUUUUGCUGUCUCUAUCCACCCUGAAAGCCUCAACCCCCCCCACAGCAGCCCCCUCCUUUGUUUCUCUUCCUUUCAAAGCCACUUCACAGUACAUCACUCACUAUCCUGUUUCUAGAUAGUAUUGUUUACUUAAUAUGCAUGUUAUUGUAAAACAUCAGUGAGCACAUUUCUGGCCAUAUUUAUAGCAAUGUAUACAGUGUAUAAAAAAAUCCAAACCUUGGAUACAUUGAGGGUCAAAUCGCCCGUUUCAGCUAUGUUAGGACUAGUCCAGUCUAUGCUGCAGUUGACAGUAUAGAACUGCUGUAUUCUGCUGUGGUUUUAAGCUGACUCAUUGACUUGAGCUUUAGCACUUUUUGGAAGUGUUGCCUUGGCCAAACGCCACUUCACCACUGCCAAAGGAUGAAUAAGAAAGAUUUCUCCUUUUAUUCUUCCCUCUGACAACCAUUUUCAUUCACUAAUGAUGGCUGGACGUGCCAAACCAGACCACAUGUUUACCUUCUGACAACUAAGGUGUGCGUCUCAUUCAUAUCAGAGCUUUCCUCAUUUUUUUUUCUGGUUGGCAUAAGGGUAUGUUCAGACUACGAAAGGGGCACAAAUCAGAUUAUAUUGUUCAUAUGAAACUCAGAUCUGGGUUUUUUGUGAAAGGGAGAACAGCACAAAUCACUCAAUAUCUCUUUUUAUUUUUAUUUAAUUUUACUUGUCGUCCUAAAUUUGAAUCGGAUUUUUUGUUUCCGUGUGAGUUUCAUGUCCCUAUAGAUGAGUGUUUGUCCCUGCUCUGCACUGGCAGGAGUUACUCUGUGAAUACAAACAUGGAAGCCAGCUGCAGUGGAAGUAGACAGUGAGGACACAGUGAGCGCUAGGGCUGGACUGUAUACUAGUGUGGCCCGCUGGAGUCACUCUGCUGGAAUAAGGCUGAUUAUUUCUGUCCCUCUCCUUCCCUCUAUCUGUGUGGAACUGUAUUGAAAGUCCCUGUUGCUACUUGAAAGUGCAACAACCUCUAAGCUACAACUAUCCGCUGAAAAUGCCAAGUUUUGACAAAGACACAUGUCUUUUUAUGCGCCCUUUCUUUUUGUAGAGAUUUUGUCAUUCUGGCACUAUCACACACUUCUUUAUGCACAUUCCACCGAAAGGACUGCUUUCCCAAAUUCACUAGCAUGGUAACAUCCUGCGCUCAGCUCUGUGCAGAUAAAUUACUUUCACCCCUUUUCCAGAAUGUUGAUGGAGAGUGUCAGACAUAUCAGCAGCACUGGAACAGAGCAAAUGAGAUAAGUUUAGGUAUCUGAGAUUAGCAACGUAGCUGAAAAAUUGACUAAAAAAGUUGUGGUGUAAGAAGACUAAGAGUGAUUUAAGAGGAUCUGUUUGCAGAGACAAAUAUAUCAAUUCCUGUGUUUUUAUUAAGUUACAAUGAGCUUUUAUAUCUACACACACCAUCCAAUAGCUUCAAAUAUACAUUUCAGAGGGGGUAGCAUCCUUGGUUGAGUGUCAUUCCUGUCACUUACUAAGCCUGGGUGUCGACCAGAGUUUAUACCCCCUAAACUGAAGAGGCCAGAAUGUGAAGGAACACUGAGUCUUUAUGCCAUAGAUAAGAGUGUAGUGGAGGGUAUUCACUUAACUGCAGUCUGCACCGCUGAGUGUCACUAAAUAUCACACACUAAACCUGAAAGCUGUUUAAAAACAUGAACAUAAUUCAUUGAAUUAAUCUGAUAUACUGUCCAGCUCUUUUAGAAGUCUUAGGUAUUUAGGAUGGCAGGUCAACUUAGCAGUGAAAGUGUAAAUGCUGGAGUUCUCGUUCAGGUCUUUACAAUAAUGUGCUGUGUGUGAUGUCUUUGCGAAGGUGUGGAAUCUGAUUUUGACCUCAUUUU